UUUCUGUUACGUUAUGAACACGUUUGUAAGGGAGAGAGAUUUUAGUUGUAUGUAUUCUUAAUAAUUGUGUAUGAACGCGCGAUUAAAAAAAAUGAAACUUUGGGAAAAAAGUAUCGUUGAAUGGAUUAACUGUUUGAAAGUGCUGGAACAACCGGUAACAAGUACAACUGAGCUCCAGAAUGAAAUAUUUUACGUCAGGUUUUUGGAUUUGAUAAAAUGGGAAAAACACAAUGAAGAAGCGGACAAUGAUCAAAAGAAUAUCAUUAUAGCAUUUUUAGAAGAUCAAUAUCCCAGUUUCAAAGUUAAUAAGAAUGACAGCACGGAACACAUAUAUGUCGCGUCUGUGUUACUUAUGCAUUUGUGUCGAAAACAAACUGCGAUACAUCAUUCCCUGCAGUAUAACAUGUGUGACAAGCUGGUGGACGAGACGCAACUCAGAGUUAAAGCUUUUCUUGAAAAUGUACUGCCUCUCGGAAAGGACGUCACUAAAGAAACCAUGAGAGAAGUUAUCAUCGAGGUGGAAAAUCUGUCGCUGAGUGUACGUAAGAAAUCUCCUCUUGAGAAUUUUUCUCUGCCCCCCCGUUCUACCGGGCCGAGUAAAAAACUUCUGACCGAACGACUUCGGGAACUCAGAGACGUGAAAUGUAACCUGGCACUGGAACGAUUUACCAACGCGGAGUUACAGAACGACAUAAUGAAACAGCAGGAUAAAAUAAAGAACUUGCAGAAGAAACUUGAGGAAAAGACGGAGCAAUUGAAAAUCUUGCGAGAGGAAUGGAUGAGACCGAACACUCCUCAGCUUUCGGGCGCGAAGAAAGAUACGUUAGAGAACAAUCUGCAGUAUUACAGUAAAUAUAUUGAGGAUCUGGAAGGUCAGUUGAGCAAACAACAGAAUGAAAUUGAUAAGUUGGAAACCGAGAAAGAUACUUUGAUAAAACAGCUGUCUUCCGCGCAAAAGACGUCCGUACAUUACAAGGAGAGUUUUGCCAACUGCGAAAGAUCCUUGGAAUCUUUGUCGGACAAAAUUGAAUUCAAGGACAGGGAAUUGGUUGCGCUUAGAUUUCACAAUGAAGAAUUACGCGCUCAUAUAAAAGAACUGACCAAAAAUCCAGUUGAGCAAAGUUUCGAAGGUGACGACGUAUCACUUUCCACCACAAUGUCUAUGAACACCAGCGAGGCUCUCAGCACCGUUAUCGAAAUUCAACUUCAAGAAGCCAAAGAAGAGUCCGCCGUGUUACACGCUCAAGUUGAUUCGUUGAAGGAAAAAUUGAAUUUACUCACAAAAGAUCACAGAACCGCUUUGGAAUUGAAUAGAGAUUUGCAGAACAAACUGAAAACGUUCACUCAAGUGCAGACGGAAUUGGACGCCGCGCGAAAAGAAUUGAAGACGUCGAGUGCAGAUAUCGCCAAGUUACGGGAGGAAAAAGAGUCUCUUGUUGCGGAGACGGAAAAUUUGAAAAGUUCACUUUUGCACAAGGAAGAGAAAUUGUCAGAUGCGGAACAGUCGAAUGUCGCAUUGAAGUCGGAAUUGGAUAUCCUGAAAGUGAACGUGAAGAAUUUAAACGAAUUGCUAGCGAAUGAGAAAACGAAUUCUGCAAAUUUAAGCACCGCUCUAGACCAAACAAGGUCAGAGAUAACGGGACAUCUCGCACAUAUUUAUCACCUUGGCAUUGAUAGAGAUUUGUACAGAUGUUCCAUUGAAAAUUGCAAACGUACUUUGAAAGAUAUUUUACAUCACAACAAUAUCCCCGCGCAACAUCAGAUUGAUAGCAACAAUUUGGAUAACUUGACGCCCAACGAUCUUGCAACUUACGUCGAAAAAAUGUUAUAUACUUACGAUACGGUGUGCGGCUUGUUCAAACGCGACUUUGAAAAAAUGAAGAUUACGUUAGAUAAAACAAAUACAACUGUGAGCGAGCAACAGUCAGCUAUUACGUCGUUGGAAAAACACAACCAGCAAAAUCUCACAAAAUUGUCCGCCCUGGAGGAGGACAAGAGGCAAAUGGAUUUACUGCUCUGCGAACAGAAGGAAAUUAUUCACAAUUAUUCUGAAGAAAUUAAAGCUUUGGAACAGGUUCGAGACGAGAAAUGUGUUCUGGAACAGGAUGUGUGCAAAUUGAAGAAGGAUUUAAUACGCGCGCAGGAAUUGCUUAAAUCUUUUAAGACGCGUAUCGAAGAUCUAAAGAAAGAUUUCAAAACGAUGAGGGAAAAAACUCAUCGAAGCGUCAUCGAUUAUCGCAACGCUAGCAAACUGACAUUCGAAAACCUGCGGCAAAGUUAUCGAACAUUGUGUGAAAAUUUCGACGAAGUACGACGGAAGAAUGAAGAUAUGGAAUAUAAUUUCAAUCGCAACAAAGAAGAAUUAUUAAACGGUCAAGCAUUAGUCGUUACGUUAUACGAAACUUUGUUAGAAAAUAACAAAGUGAUAGGUACCUUCGAAGAAAAGGAGAGAGCUCUCAGUGACGAAUUAAACGAAACCAAACAAGUCGUGGAAAACUUGAGGGAAACGAAUGAAGCGUUAGCAAUAACGAAAACUGAACUAGAUGGUAAUUUGGAGAAUCUCAAAUCGGAGAAUCGCAACUUGUCACUCGAGUUGAAAAUUGCCACCGACAGGAUCAAUUUGUUGCAAGAAGAAAUUGAUGAUGUUGCGACACAGAUGGAGUCGAAGAAGGAGAAUAUAAAUGAGCUGUUUAUGAAUGUGUCAUCUUUAAUGGAAGAGAAACAACAUCUGAUGCGUUUGCACGAGGAACUGAUUGACACGAAGAAUAAAGAAAUCAAGAUGAAGGAAGAUGCUUUAUUGACGUUAGAGUCGAAAGUGGAAAAGUUGACGAACGAAGCGAGUGCCAGGGAGAACAAGAUGAAGGAAGUAAUCGUCAAUCUUCAAGAAGUGAGAUCCAGCCAAGAUGCCGUUCUGGCUGCUCAAGAGGCGGCUCUUAAAGAAAAGUGUCUUCACAUAGAAGAACUUCAGGAACAAUUUGACAACUCGAAGAGACUGCUGAGCAAAGAGCUUGAAGAUGCGAAAUUAUUGGCGAACGAGUACCAAGUCAAGUUGUCGCACUUGGAAAAUCAGAUUAAUAAUCAGAACAAAACUUUGAUGGAGACGCAAGAAAUGCUGAAGGAUUUGAGCGCGCAACUCGAGACGAGCAACAAGCGCUGCGAGCUUAUGGACGCGAGCCAAGAGGAAAUUGCAAAAUUGUGCGAGCAAUUGGAGCAUCCGAUGAGAAAUUUGAGUUCCACCGUUUUGAAAGCGUGUUCGGAUUUCGAUUUACUCUGUCAGGAUUCGCAGGAUGCGUCGCAGCACGCGCACGAAGACAAUAACGCCGCAAACGUCUUGCGCGUCAUUAAGAUGACUCUUGACGAGGUGCACAAAUCUCAGAAGGUCAUCUUGGAUUUGUCUCGCGUAAAUGCCGAAUUGAAUGAAACCUUGGCGGAGCAAAACCUAAUCAUAGAAAACAGCGCGAAGGACAAGGAAGAAGUGUACAGUCUGAAAAAUAAGAUACAAGAGAUGGAAGUGAUCGCACGGAAACGGAAUGAAUAUCUCAAGAAUCUCAUAAAAACCAAAGAGUCUUUGAGAGAUUCUCUGCAGCGAGUGUUUGUCUCGCAGCACGAUUUGGACGCCGCCUUAACGUCGUUGAAUCAAAAAUGGAACGAAGUACUGACCAGGUUCGAAAACGUUCACAUCGAGAGUUCGGUUUGCGACGAGAUCAAACAGUUGCACGCGAAGAAGACGAGUCUUGAGAACACAUUGUUCAAAUAUCAAACGAAUCAUUCGGAGAACAUGAAAGCGAUGGUGCAAAUCUUAUGGGGAAAGUUCAUGUGGACGGAGCAAACGUUGCUCGACACCUACUUGUGUACCGCACACGAAAGAGAGUGUCUGGACAUAUUAAACAGAGAAGAAGAAGAUAAUGAAUUUUUUUCCCAAGAGAAAAUGUCGAUAGACGCGGAACUGGAGAAGUGCAGAAUGCUGCAAACCGACGUAACAAGAUCUGAAAAGGAAAUGGAAACGUUUUCAACGUUGGCCACGGCUUACGAAAACGGACUCAAAUCCGGCGAAAUUAAGAAUUACGCGGAGAUAGAGAAGAAGCUGCAAAGUCAAAUCAAUCAAUUGACGAAGGAGAGAAAAGAUCUGAGGGAUAAGAUGGAUACUGUGCGCGCGAGAAAUGUAAAAUUGGAAAAGAGCAUCGACGAUCUUAGAACCGAAAUGAGAAAAGUGAAAACGACGGAAGUAGCUACGCCAACGGAAUCUAAUUUGUCGGAAAUAAAAUCUCUGAGAGACGAAAUAGAACAUCUGAAGGAACAGAAUCGGCACUUGCGCGAAGAGAAGGUAGAAUUGACGAAAACCUCGAAGCAAGACCUGGAAAAUCAAUUGAAAGACGUUUACGCGACUUACGAGCGGAAAUUAGAUGAUAUGAAGCAAAAAAUGAAAGCAGUUUAUAACGAACAAGUGAUGAAGUUGAACAAAGAACAAGAUAAGGCUAUACAAGAGAGAUUGCAGUCGCAGAUGGAGAUAAUGUGUCAGAAACACAGGGAAGAGCUUGACAGGUACAAGCUACAUAUUAGCGAGCUGAACUCGCAACUUUGGAGCGUGGGAGAAAAACUUCUGAUCGAGCAACAGAAGAACGACGUGCUGAAACGUUUGAAGGAACAAACCCAGUUCAGGGAGAUCGAAGCUGAUCAGCCGAUAAGCACAAUUUCGCGCAAGACUUGCAAAGUGGAGAAACAAGAGAUGUUAUCUGAAAAUGUGCAGCAAACGGGAAAAAAAAUAACAACACUGACAACAACAGAAGAGACGUUCGAGAGGAGACACAGCAUCAGAAAUAUACAAGCGAUGGGCAAUGCGUUUAAAACGGAGGAUGAGGAAGAGGUCUUCGACAAUGUUUAUCUAGCCGAUAUGAAAAGAGGCAAUUUGCCUGUCGCAGACGUCGAUCGUCGUUUGUCCGUGUUACAAAUGAGAAACUCUCUCUGCAAACCUCAUUUAAAAUCGUCGUAUCCGGCGGAAAUGCAAUUUCUCACCUCAACGUUGACCGAAGAAGAGAUUAAGACAGGUUCUCCGGAAGAGAACUUCAACGACAGCCUCAGCCAAAGUCUUCUUCCGGAACAAAAACCGAAGAAGAAAGAUAGGACUCAGACAUCGUACAAAAGACCUGGUCCUCCAACACCGAGCAAGAACGGGGGAAGACUGUCUUUGCAGGGUAAUGAAUUGAGAAGUCCGAGUUCGCGUAUAUUGAGAGAACGAAACGUGGACAGAAGAACGACGAUGAUGACGACGACGACGACACCUCAUUCACUGAAGAACUUGUUCACGUUGAAACGGCAAGAUGAAAAUUUAUCUACCACGCCGAAAGGUCGCAGGCUCAGUAAUCUUUUCCGUAAACCAAAAGGUGCAAUCAGAUCAGUGAAUGAAUAAUAAUACAGCAUUUUGUACAAAACAAAAAACCGAAGAAAAUCAAUGUAAAAAUAUUAUAUAAACUAUAAGAUUUAUAAAUUUGUAAUAUCAUAGAAUAUUUUUGUGCGUACAACGGUAAAAGCAUGAAAUCAACACAUUUAUUGACUAAUAAAUGCUAAUUUCAUUAAUA